AUGAUCUCAUCCAAAGUAGCUUUCAAACUCUUAAUAUGCACCACACUGAAAACCAAACUCCCUCCCCCCUCGCUCAGUGAGUUUAUGUUUCUGAAACAGGAUAUCAUGAAUCACUCCUUUACCACUGAUACAUUUCUAAAUCUCCUUAAAGUUGUGAAGGUAACCACCUUGCACAAAAAGGGAGCCACAGGCAACGUUAAUCAUUACAAGCUUGCAGCUCAGCAUACUGGCUUGUCAAAGAUCUUUGAGAAGCUUUUUCACAAUAGAUUGCUAGAGUUCACUAACAAAAACUUCUUGCUGUCAAACAAUCAGCAUAGUUUCAGGCAAUCAAGAUCCACAACUACAGCAGUCUAUGAACUCCUACAUGCUAUGUUAAAAGCCAUAGAUGAAAAGAAAAUGGCUUCUGGAAUCUUCUUGGACCUAUCCAAAGCAUUUGAUAUUAUCGAACACAAUGCUAUUAUAUAA